CAAAAAUCCCACUCCGAUUUCCCUAUGUUCACCGCAUUGUCCGUUCCAACAUCUGUCAUUUCUCGUCAGAAGGAUCACAGUCGCGUAAUAGAUCACGACUAGUCUCACUUCCAUCCUGGCCAGCGUUUGAGCGUGUUGACUGCCUGACAUCACCGUCCAAAGAUACGAGCGGCCGUCCUAUCCUAUCCCCGCAUUCACCAGAAGACAUUCAAAUGACGGCGAGAAGUCUGAAACGAUUCCAUUCUUGAGGUUGCCUCCUUCUACCACUACUCUGCAAGAUGGCAAGGGAGCGUGGCCAAGCUCAGGCGAGCAUUUCGGGGCUGCUGAACAAAAUCAGUGACCCUGAUCCGGACAUUCGUUUCAUGCAACUCAGUGACCUGGCGAAUGUUCUCUCCUCAACAUCCACAGAAUACCUGCGAGGCGACCCGCACGCUGCAGCUAGGAUAAUCGAUGGUCUGCUGAAGUCACUAGCUGACCAAAAUGGGGAGGUCCAGAACCAGGCUCUAAAGUGUAUCGGCCCUUUGGCUUCUCGCACACCUGGCGAUAUCGUGGCACCAUUGAUCGAUAAAAUCACUGAUCUGACCAGCCGGGAGAUCGACCUUUCAAUUCCCAACACGGCCCUUCGAAGUCUCAUUUCAGCGUUGCCCCAGCCCCAGCCGAAUGGAGCGUCUGCACAGGAGGUGAAAGAUGCCUAUAGUGCCAUCAGUAAGGUGCUGAUACCGAGACUGGUCGGUCAUGUCGUCUUGUCUGCUGGUAAGACACCACCUCGACUACCAACUGGUUUACUGGAAAAGCAUAAGGACAAGGGUUACAGUGCUGAUGCUGUCGAUGUCAUGAUUGAGGUCGUCAAAUGCUACGGCUCCUUGCUUCAAGAGGCGGAACUGGUUGAGCUCGCAAAGUCCACCAUGCACAUCCUAGAGAGUCCACAAGCCGGUGGAGUGGUCAAGAAGAGAGCCCUGGCUGGUAUAGGCGCAUUGCUGGUCCAUUUCAACGAAGCUCAAGUCGGUUCAUUUGUUGCCGCACUGAAAAACAGCUUUGACAAUGAGCAACUUAGUAUGGAGCACCGAAGAUAUCUCAUCGCUACGGUUGGUACCCUCGCACGCUCAAUCCCCACAAAAGUCGGUCCAUACCUUGAUACCGUUGUGCCUUACGUGCUCAAGGUGCUAAGCCAACAAGAAAUCUCGUCUACGGCCUCCAUGGAUGACGAUAUUGAGGUAGACACAGAGACGGAAGAGUUGCGAGAGACCGCACUCAUUUCCUUGGAGUCUAUGAUAGGCUCUUGUCCUACCGAGAUGCACCCCCAUCUUUCAACCGUCAUAGACGCCGCCUUGCGGUAUUUAAAGUACGACCCGAAUGUGGCAGAACUAUCAGAUGAUGAGAUGGGAGGAACCCAGGACAACAACUCAGACGAUGGCUUCACAGAGGAUCCUGCCGACGACGAUGACGAUGAUGAGUACGCCGAGUUGGAUGACGAUGAUGCGUUCAGUGAUGUCGAUGAUAUGAGCUGGAAAGUCCGAAGAUGUGCUGCAAAAGUUUUGUAUGCCAUCAUCUCGGGGGCCACGGCAGCAGACCGAGACCUUCUAUUUGGCAGAAUCGCCCCUGAUCUCAUCUCCCGACUUUCAAAAGAGCGUGAAGACAGUGUUAGGUUGGAAGUGAUCGCGGCAACCACUAUGUUGAUUCGCAAAACAGGCUCUGCGCCAUCACUCGAACUUUCGCGCAUUGACUCUUCCGAGAACCCCGCUGCACCUACCAAUACUCGAAAACGAAGACGACAAGAUAGUGAAGCCGAUCGAAAAGACCCAGAUCUGAAAGGCCUCAUCGCAAUACGCUCCAGCCCCCCUAUCAUGCCAGCAUCACCUCCCACUGGUUCCCAAGCAGAGCUUGUUGCGCUUGUUCCAAGAAUUGUUCAGGCACUCGGCAAACUCUGGAAGAAGGCCAGUAUGUCUCUGAAGCAAGCAUCCAUCAUAAUGUUGAAGACCCUUACUUUGUCGCGUAAUGGAAUAUUGUCAGACCAUUUGCAACAGUUGGAAGACCCAAUUGCCGACGCCUUGAAGCCAUCUAACGCGGCUGGGUCAGGUGGCACUGGCUCCGGAACAUCAGCAACAGUGUCAAGUCUUCAGAUCGAAACGUUAGCUUUGGUCAGCACUAUUACAGAGACGAAUGGAACGACGGUACUGAUACCGUUUGUCAUUGCUUUGAUACCACCAGUCACAACACUUGCUCGCGACAGAAAUUACAAAGUCUCAAGUGAAGCUCUUUCGACAAUCGAGCAGUUUAUCAAAGCUCUCACACCACCUCGGUUGGCCAUGGCGAAUCAAGAUCAUGCUAUGCACAUUCAGAAGCUGUGGGAUGUCGUCGUGAGUCGCGUAACGGACAAUAAUACUGAUCUUGAGAUACGCCAUCGAGCCAUCCAAGUAUUUGGUGUACUUAUUGCUAGAACUUCUUCCACUCAACUGCUACCUAGCGAAGCUCGUGUCAAGAGUCUGGGCAUACUCGACGACAGACUACGGAACGAAACUACGAGACUUGCUAGUGCAAGAGCAAUUGGACUUGUGGCCGAAGCCGCAGGAGUUCACGAUAACAUCGGAACUGCUUGGAUCCAAGAUGUCUCGCUCGAGAUGGCCGAUCAACUGCGUAAAGCCGACCGCGCCCUUCGUGUUUCUUGUUUGGAAUCAUUACAAUAUCUCGCACUCAAUCCGGUCACAUCCUCACAAUAUGAGACGACAACAAUUGUACAGCUCCAAAGUCAACUGAUGCCUCUGAUUUCAGCCAACGACCUACAUCUUCUCACCCCAGCACUAGUCAUUCUGUCAAAGACAAUACCAACAAACGCCGUGGCUUUGGUCAACGAUGACACUGUACAUGCUCUGUGUGCCAUUACCCAAGCUCGCUUGGAGGGCCCGCCGCUCCGAGCAUAUCUCCUUGUGGUCAAAGUCAUUGGCGAGCAGGGAGUAGGUGCCCCGCUAAUGAAAGGACUAUUGGCUGCUGGCACUAGCGGCGAAACAGCAGUGCUAGGAAGGGCGAUUGGUACUCUACUUGUCUAUGGGGGAAAUCACUUGGGAGUCACGAUAGACGACUUCCUCAAAGAGCUGUACGCAUCCGACGAUGUUCGAGCAAUCUGCCUUGCUUUGAGUGUUCUUGGUGAGGUUGGCUUUAGAAUGGGAUCUCAAACUCCCAUUGAUAUCCAGAUCUUCAUCAAAAGUCUUUCAGCUGAUGUUGACAAAGUUCGACUCACUGCUGCUGUCGCUCUAGGAAGUGCCAGCUCGAAUAAUGUCUCACAGUGCCUUCCAGUCAUCCUGCAGAGCCUGAAUCGAGACGCCGGUCAGGACUAUCUAUAUCUCCACGCGCUGAAGGAGAUUCUAGAACACUCUGACAACUCUUCGGGUGAACUGACUCCGUUUGCGUCCGAACUGUGGCAGAAAUUGUUCGCAGUUUCCGAAGCAGAGGACAACAGCGCUGUUGGGGCCGAGUGCAUUGGCAGACUUGCCACCAUAGAUCCUGAGGUCUAUGUGCCAGAGCUUGCAAGAUCACUUGAGAACUCUAACCCUGCCAUUCGAGGAACUGUGAUCUCGGCAUUCAGAUUCACUCUCGGCGAGACGAGCAAUUCGUACAACAGUCUUCUGGUCAAGAUGAUGACACCGAUGCUUCAGACUAUGCUGAACGACUCGGACAUUGGAAAUCGACGCCUUGCGGUGACAACGCUGAAUGCAGCUAUCCACAACAAACCCGAACUUGUUGUUCCAGAUAUCGCUCAGGUUCUUCCCACCAUUCUUCAGUCGUCACACAUCAAUCGCGAUCUCAUCAAGACUGUCAAGAUAGGUCCAUUCACGCACCAAGAAGAUGGAGGUCUGGACCUUCGUAAGUCUGCGUACGCCACUUUGUACGCAUUACUCGACUGUCCCGGCGCCAUCUCACAUUUGCCCAUUCCCAAAGUCUUUGAUCGCAUUCUGGACGGUAUUCCUGACGAUACGGAUAUUCGUACAUUAUGCAAUCUCAUGCUCUCACGUCUGUCGGUCAUUGAUCCAGACGAGACUCGUCGCCGCCUCUCGGCCCUUUCGGAGAAGUUCAAAAUCGUUCUCGGGGCCAAGAUCAAAGAGAAUGCUGUCAAGCAGGAAAUCGAAAAGGUCAAUGACGCCAAUGCUGCGGUCAUCAGAACCACCAUGGAACUUGAGCGGAAAUUCCCAUCGGCCAGCACUGAGGUUAGUGGAGAUUUGGUGGCUUGGAAAGGUUAUGUCGAAUUCGUCAAGAAGGAAUUUGCUCAGGUUGUGCGCAGCGUGCUAGCAGAGGGAGCUUAGGACGCUACUGGGCUUCUCCAAUCAUCAGCAGCAACAUGUGAAGAGAUAGCCCACGGCUCAAUGAUGGCCCCCUCGAACACAGCUGAGGGACCGAGACCUUACUGGCGUGAUGACCCGUGUCUUGUUGCAAUGCUGCGCCAGGUGGCAAAGGAGCUAGGAGAAGAGGCGAGGCCCUGGUGAAAUGAUCCGUCAUGGACGAGAUAUGAUCGUGGACGAGGACGACUGUGCAUAACGCAUCACUACCGAUGUAUUUACGGCUUUUGCAUCAUCAAGUCGUGUUACCCCAACAACCAGCCAGUGUAGAAGAAGCAUUACAAAAAGUUUUACGAGAUGCACAACAGACAGAGACAGCGAAGAUAGAAAAUCAGAAGAUAGCAAAACCUGUUCAAUA